AUGCAUGCCGACGACAUUGAUGACGGAUUCAAAACUGAUAGUGAAGACGAUGCUGCAUCACAGCUAUCCCUGAAGCUUGACACCGAUUACUGGGAUGAGUCCAUUCCAUUUGAUCCCAACGCAUUCGGAUCCCCGACCUUGGCUCAGUUCGACCUGAUGUCGCCCCAGUACCAAGUACAAGUCCCUGUUCCCAUGAAGCAGCGACUCUCGGCACAACUCGACACCGCCGCGGAUGCGACUACCAUCCUCAGUGAUCCCGACGCAUAUCCCUCCGGUAAUGAACAGCACUUCUCAACUGAUGAUGAACGUUCCUUGGAGCCCACGAUACCUUCAAACCUGAAGUCUCCACCUUCUGUACAGCCGUCUGCCGACAAUGACGACGGACCCGACAUCGAGGAAUUUCUCAGCGACCACGAAUACGACAACGAAUACAUCGCGAGCGAUGUCCCCGCUCUGACAUCCCGCGCGUCUCGCCUCUAUUCUGCCACGGACGAUGAAGACGAUGCCUUUGAUGCUGCGAUUCGCAGCAACCGUACUAUCCUCCAAGAAGCACUGGCUGAACAGGCAGCAUUGAACCUCCACGCGAAACCUGUCAAUACUACUGAUUCAGUUCAUGACAUUUCUCCAGACAAGCCUGCUGUGAAAUCUCCGCUCGAAGUCCAGAAAUUGACGAUUGCCUCGGUCAACUCUUUUGAGACCACGGUGGUUGCCUCGGUCAACUCUUUUGAGACCACGGCUGACAUAUCUCCUGUCGAGCUAUCCAGUUCUCCUCCCGCGACUCCCAAGAUUGCGAAUAUGCAACCGGAUGCCGCUGAUGACGACUUCAUCCUCGACUACAUGAUCCCCACCACUAGUACCACGCCUUCACUUGUUACUCGUGCCAUGCCCGGAUCAUCCAUGACACAACGCAAACCUUGCCACCGUCCCAAUCUCCAUGUCGAGUCCGACAUCGUUGCCGACGCUUCUGGCGAGAUUGCCCAACAGUGGAACAAAGUCGCUUCCACCAAGAAAGGGAAAAAGAAGUCGAAGAAGAAGAAAGCUACCUGCCCUUCUACCAGUAACAUCUGUGCCGAACUGUUCUUUCCCACCAAUAAGGAAUCUGACUCUUCAUCCUCUUCUCCCACAUCCUCUGAGGGUUCCAACUCCAAACCCUCUCCUACGCAGGAUUUUGCAUAG